GCAGAAUUGUGCGAAAUGCGCAGAUAAGCCAUUAAUUAAAAAAGAAAAAGUCACAAAAGUGUUGUUGUUUUUCGGAGGUGUCAUGGUAUUUUAAUAAAUACUAUUUUAGUUAUAUCCGCUUAAACUUUUGAAAAUGAGCGAUAAAGAAUCAAAAUCUGACGAAAAGAUACCUAUUGUUAUAAAAAAUGCUACAGAUUUACAAAGGUUAAAGCUUGAGAAGCUAAUGAAAAAUCCACAUAAGCCAGUGGUUCUACCAGAACCGCCACGACUGAAAUCAUUGGCACCACCUCCAGAUUUUGUGCGGAAUGUUAUGGGUUCGAGUGCAGGAGCAGGCUCUGGGGAGUUUCAUGUGUAUAGACAUCUAAGAAGAAAAGAGUAUGCACGUCAAAAAUUUAUUCAAGAAAAAAGCGAAAAGGAAAAGCUGGAUGAAGAGUAUCAUAUGAAAAUAGAGGAAAAUAGAAAACUUGCUGAAGAAAAGACCGCAAAGAAAAGGGCGAAGCGGUUAAAGAAAAAAAAGAAUGCAAAAAUGAAAAGAAAACUUUCCGAAUGUGAUAAAAAGGAGCAAGCAGGUUCAUCACAAUCCGAUGAUAACAGCAGUAAUGAAGAUGAGGAAAAAGUGGAAGAAAAUAAAAAUGAAACUAAAGACAACCAUUGAAGUUAUUAAAUUGUUUACUAAUAAAGAAUUAUUUUAUAAGAUAUUUUUUUAAUAUAAAUUAUUAAUUUAUUUGUAUAAUAAUAGGACUGUUGUUAAAUGGAAACUGAAUAACUAUAAUAUGCUGGUGUUGGUGAUAAAGAUGCAGUGAUAUCAAUUGCACUGUCGUUCUCCAUUCUGUUCCAUGAUAUUUUAGAUGAGCUUUCUAUUGUAUUCUCCUUUUUAUCAUGACAAUAUGCCAGAAAUGGUGAUGUGAGGACAAACCUGGUAAAAUAUUAAGUAGGUAUAUUACAUUACUGAUUGAUGCCACCAUCAUUUAAUAGCCUAUUUUAUAGUAUUAUACUUGAAUUUUCUCUUUUAGAAUACAUUCGUAUUUGUUGCGGUUCACAUGAGGUCUUGAGGUGGGUUCACAAAAAUAUAUAAAUCAAAUAAAGUUUUACAUACCCUGUUAGUAGCAAUGUAAUAAAUCCAAAUAAAGCGACAACGCAUUGCCACAGUUCAAACAUUGUAGUAUAGUAAUAUUAUAGGGAACGUGUUAAGUUUCACUGUCGUUUUACCCAUGGAAGAAAUUAAAGAAACUGGAAGUCUAACUAAGGCGGUGGUUAAUUUUGUUGACGUUUUUUCCUACCCGCCUUGUAGUUCACAUAAAGUAAAUAAACGUUUUGUAUUCUACCUUCAUUACACUACUGUUACUACAUGUUCUUUUGUUUUGUUGUUUCUAUUCUUUUUAUUUUACUAGCUUUCUACCUGCGACUUCACACCGCAAUUUUUUUAAUACUUCACAUUUAAGAGUAUGUUU